AUGCGAGGAGCCUUCGGGAAGCCGCAGGGCACCGUGGCCCGGGUGCACAUCGGGCUGCAGACAGGAAUGCGGGGCGCCUUUGGGAAGCCGCAGGGGACCGUGGCUCGGGUGCACAUCGGGCAGGGUAUUGGGUCUGGGGUCUCUGAAUUGGGUCUGGGGUCUCUCAGGCUGCAGACCGGCAUGCGGGGCGCCUUUGGGAAGCCGCAGGGCACCGUGGCUCGGGUGCACAUCGGGCAGGUGAUCAUGUCCAUCCGCACCAAAGCCCAGAACAAGGAGCACGUGGUGGAGGCGCUGCGCAGGGCCAAGUUCAAAUUCCCGGGGAGACAGAAGAUCCACAUCUCCAAGAAAUGGGGCUUCACCAAGUUCAACGCCGACGCUUUCGAGGAGAUGGUGGCUCAGAAACGUUUGAUCCCCGACGGCUGCGGCGUCAAAUACGUCCCGUCCCGGGGACCCCUGGAGCGCUGGAGGGCUCUGCACGCCUGAAACCCCAAAAAA